AUGGAUAUUAUUUUAGGUAUUAAGGUUAAAGAUUCUGUCAUAUUAGCUACUUCAAAGGCUGUUACAAGAGGUAUAUCUGUUUUAAAAGAUGAUGACGAUAAAAGUAGAGAGCUUUCAACCCAUACAUUAAUGACUUUCACAGGUGAAGCUGGUGAUACUGUCCAAUUUGCGGAAUAUAUCCAAGCUAAUAUUCAAUUACAUGACAUAAGAGAAAAUUAUGAAUUAUCACCAAAUGCAGUUUCUAGUUUUGUCAGACAAGAAUUAGCCAAAUCAUUAAGAACAAGAAAACCUUUCCAAGUCAAUGUAUUAAUAGGUGGAUACGAUAUAAAGACUGAAUCACCAGAAUUGUAUCAAAUAGAUUAUUUAGGUACUAAAGUUUCCUUACCUUACGCCGCCCACGGAUAUUCUGGCUUCUACACAUUUUCCCUAUUAGAUCAUCAUUACAGAUCCGAUAUGACCACAGAAGACGGUUUGAAGUUAUUAAAAUUAUGUAUAGAAGAACUAGAAAGAAGGAUGCCUGUAGAUUUCAAGGGAGUGAUAGUGAAGAUUGUCGAUAAAGAAGGUAUUAGAGUAGUUGACGACCUUUAA